UAUUCUUUUGCCAAGCAUAACCAAAUGGUUUCAGCAAGGUAACCAUAUGAUGUCCUCAAUCCACAUUUGACUCUAUGAUUAGGUAUUACCGUAUCACAAUAAAUGUGAUAUUAUUUGAGUGGCUGUGGCACACUCACAACUAUAUUUAUCACAAUAGAUCUAAGUAUAUGGCAGAAGAUAACAAAAUGCAGUUGUGCACCAAAUCAAAUCCUCAAGAUGGAUAAGUAAACAACAACAAAUGGACCGGCAUUGUAAUCAAUUAAUUCAAUUUUUCCAGCUAAUUUGAGUUACUGUAAUGAAAUACUCAAAUGUGCAUCUAAUUACUCUCUAGGUGAAUUAGGAUAUAGAAACCUUAAAUAUUUUGUGUAUUAGUUUUGCAUUUAUUUUUGUAUUUUGGCCUUCAACAUCCAGCCAACAAUACAAAGGCCACCAGAUGUUGAUACAAAUCUUAUAUCCUAGACCUUGCAUUCAUUAUUUGUGACUUACCCAAAUGAAGAUAUCCUCAACCGCAACCUUUGUUUGCAUAUGCAAAAUGACACAAGCAUUGAACUUGAGCCAAAUGACAUACAACAAUACGAGUCUUGAAGUGGUUGUCAAACAACUGAAAUGAUUAUAUCCUUUUCAAGAGAGAGAACUCUUGCGCAAAGCUAUACGCCCAAAAUUCUAAAAGCAAACUCAAUUAGCUAAAUGUAACCUAAAAGGCUAAAACUACACCACACAAGUGUACAAAAUCAAAAAUUGCAGUGGGGAUGAAAUAAAUAUUUAGUUGAAGGACCAAGACCCCAUACAAAUGAAAGCCCUACACUCGAAAUUGGAAGUAUAACUGUUCUCUUUGCAAUUUCCAUUCCAACCUAUUCAAAUAUGCCUGUGAAUUGUUUAACUCAUCAUGAAUUGUGUUGAUAGCUCACUAAAGAAACACUUGGGACACGGGAGAAAGAAAAAAAGGAGAAGAAAUCAAAAGCACACAAACCCAUGGGCCAUGAUCAGUCGUUCAGUACAGUAACGCUAGAAAUUCGUUGUGGAAGAAUAAUCAGCAUCUCUACCUUUUGCCAUACGUGAAAGAAAACACAUAUUGGUCGAACCCUAAAUUCUUUUGGAUUUCUAAUUAGCUGAGGUAAUCUAAUUGAUGACGAAAUGGAAAGUGAUCAACAGAAAAGAACAAAUGAAGAAUUCAGGUACAUUAAAACCCUAGCCCCCCAAAUCCCAAUUGAACACAUUUCCCUGUUUGUCGUGAUUCCUAAAAGCAAUUCAUGGAACGAGAGAGUACCUUUGACUGGGCGGAAGAUGAAGAGAUGACCGAUUUGCGAAACCGAGUGGUCGAAUCGAUUAAUCAAUUGACCAGUUUCUCGUAUGUUGUUUCCCAAAUUGCAAUAGCAAACAUGGAGCCAGAGAUCACGGCUUGCUGUGAGUCAACUUGGAGGUGCUUCACAAGUCAACAUGUGAGGAAAGCUGAACCCGCCAUUGACAUGCCAAUGGAGCACUUCCCUCCGCCUUCUGGCUAUAAUGCCCCCGAGCAGUUUUAUAGACCCACAACCAAGUUACUUGACCUACCACGGGGAAAGCUUUGGGCACGCUACUCUCAAGAUUUAGAACAGAAUUUGAUGGGACAUUUCCGGAAUACUUCAAGAUAA